AUAGUACCCCAUACAUUAUUUAUUCGCUUGCAGUACCUAAUCCUAUCAUAUUAAAGAAAUCGAGAAUCUAGCAAAUUUCAUGGGUGAUUCUUCUUCAGCUGCUUUAGAUUUUCAUGCUUUGAAUUCCACUUCUAACAAUUCUCCUCUCAUGAUCAACUCAAAUAUGGAACUCCUAAAUAGCAUAAGCCAACAACUUGAAGAUGAUCAGAAUUUCGACUCAAAUAUUCAUCAACACGGCUUUUUGGCUUUGUCAAAUGAUCAAAACUUCUCUAAUCAUCAACAACAACUCCCCAUCAUGCCUAAUUUUCAUGCUGAUCGUAUGAAUAUUAGCCAUGAUAUUAAUUAUGAUCCCGCAACCGCUGCUGCUGCUGCUCAAUUUUUUACUUUGGGAGGUCCAAGUUAUGGCUGGACUGGCAGUAUGAAUAAUUCAAUUCCUGAAUCAGAAUCCAUGUUGAAUAAUGAAAACAACAACAUUCCAACUCCUCCACCUCUAGUCUCUGGAAAUGCUGGCAAGAACAAAUGUGAAGGGAGAAAGAGAAAACGGAACAAUCAAAAAGAAACUGAGAAGCCAAGAGAAGUUGUUCAUGUUAGAGCAAAGAGAGGCCAAGCUACUGAUAGUCACAGUUUGGCUGAAAGACUUCGAAGGGAGAAAAUAAAUGAAAAGCUCAGAUGCUUACAAGAACUUGUUCCUGGAUGUUAUAAGACUAUGGGAAUGGCAGUGAUGUUAGACGUAAUUAUCAACUAUGUCCGGUCAUUGCAGAAUCAAAUUGAUUUUCUUUCAAUGAAACUAUCAGCAGCAAGUUUGUUUUAUGAUUUCAACUCUUCAGAGAUGGAAGAUAUGGACUCAAUGCAGGGAACAAAUGGGUAUGCAGCACAAGGAAUGGGGAAGAAUAUUGUUGGCGAAGGGUAUGGAGGAUUUCCUCAGUUUCAAACAUCUUGGCCUCUUUGACCUAAUCAUCAUCAUCCUUUUAAGAAAAUAUAUGUACUUAUUUCAUAUUAUUACAGUACAAUAAUAUAUGUAACAGAUAAUUUAAUAUGUUUGGACUCCUAUUUUAUGAUUAACCCUUCAUUACCA